AGUAGUAUUUGCUGACAAAUAUAUAUAGUAUGAAGUAUCCAAUAAUUAUCAUAAUUUUAUACAUUUGUCUGAUCCGUGGCAAAGUUAGGCGGCCUCAAAAUAGACAAAAUAAUAAUGAUUACACCGAUGGCGGUGCUGUAUGUAAAUUGUUGGCACCAAACGGCAAGUUUGACGGUGUUCAACUAUACCAUCGAUGGACACGGCCGUCAAACCACAACAACAACGACAAUGUGACCAAAAUGAUGUCCACAUAUAUGAUGUACAAAUCGGGAUACGAGUGGAUGUUUAUGUUUGUCGACGCCGACGAUAAACCCGUCAUCUAUAUCGACAGCGACAGUGUCCGCGAAAUUGACAAAAAUAUGAUCAACAAGUAUUCGCUGCCAGCGGUCACCCAAAACUCCGAGCAUAUCUGUAAUGUCUACUAUCAGUCUAUAAGCAAACUAAAUGUUCAAAUUGAGUGCUGUUGUGACUACAAUUCCCUGUCCGGCGAUCCCAAUAGACCGAUGAUUACACUGGAAAGUGCCGACGAGUUUCCCGGCGAUGCCAUUGUAUUUAAUCCAAUUGGCGGCAGCGGUGACGGCGACGGCAACAAAAACCAUGUGAUAGUUGUGGACCGAAAGUCGCGUAAUAUAUCGUUUUACUAUUCAAACAGCAAUAAUAUUAAGACAACAAAACUCAUGACAUACGAUAUGUGCAAAGCGUACGGCUGUCGGAAACCGUCGUUCAUUACGGACAUUGGCGACGAUCUCUGGAAACAUAUCAAUGGUAUUGUCGACUAUGAUUUAGGUGCCAACAAAACGGGACAUAUCGUGACCUUUAAUAUCGAGUCUAAGCCCAUGUAUUGUAGUAUUCCUGCCGCUAGUGGACGUAAGCGUAGAAAUAUACCGUGUCGACUGGAAACACUACAACAAUAUGCCACCAAUUGUCCAGUAAUUUGGCCGUCAGCGUUAGGUACCACUGUAUUGCCGGUAGACAACAAUCAGUCACAACCGUACGGAUCGUUUAACAAUGACGACGACAAUCAAAAUGAUAAUGAAAAUAGUAGUACUACUAUAAUAUAUGUAUUGAUCGGUGCAAUAAUUUUGGUAAUUUUGUUGGUUAUAUUGGUGGCCAGUUUUAUCGCAAUUAGAUCCAAAUCUGGGGGCGGCGGCGGCAGAGGCGGCAAACAAGUGGAUGAAAUCAAACCGGAAAAACGGGAAGGAGUUCCCAGUAAUAUUAAACGAAAAGUCGGUAAAUUCAAUACCGAUUGGUAUCUCAAAUUGGAUACAAUAUCCGAGGAAACAAUGACCGAUAUUAAUAAGCCGUCGCCGAGAUCACCGCCAAAAAUCUUCAAUGAAUUGAAACAUAAAAAAUUAUAA